CAUUUUAUACUCAUGAGCACGGAACGCGGCAGGAGUCUCGCAGUCUUUGCAGGAGCAGCUCUUGAUGCGGGUUUGCUUUCCUCGGGAGUCGCAGCUGGAAGAAGCGAGACUCUGUAGUGAUGAGCUUAUACCACAGUCGAGUGCCCCAACUUGGUGUGCCUUCUUCGGCUCUCUCUCUCUCCAAUUCAUCCCUGAUUUAUGUGUAUGGAAGUGAGGGUGGGGGUCUCAUUCCAACUUUGGGGUUUGCUUCUCCUCGACAGGAGCCUCCGCAGAAACCUCCCUACAGUUAUAUAGCCCUUAUUGCGAUGGCUAUCAAGAACUCGCCAGAGAAGCGUGCCACGCUCAGCGGCAUCUACCAGUACAUCAUGGAACGCUUUCCUUUUUACCAUGACAACAAGCAGGGCUGGCAAAACUCGAUCCGACACAACCUUUCGCUGAACGACUGCUUUAUCAAAGUUCCGAGAGAGAAGGGGCGACCAGGGAAAGGCAGUUACUGGACCCUGGAUACGAAGUGCCUUGACAUGUUCGAAAAUGGGAACUACAGGCGGAGAAAGAGAAAGUCCAAAGGCCAAGACGCCGGGGACGCUAAAACGAGCCAUAAGAGGAGUAAAGCCCCGGUCUCUCAGCAGCACUGUGGUCCUAAAACGAACAUUUGUACUCACGCGGUGCGUGAGGAAUCACCUCAGGGAGAGAGGACAUUCAGAGACUCUGGAAAAGAACAGAAAAAUCAGCCGCAGGGGAGUCGCCAGCAGUCCGCUGAGGACAUGAAGCCCGUCCUUACUGAGUUUAAUAGGGCUCACAUUCAACAGAACGCAUCUGUUCAUUGCCCCAAUUUGAGCGGACACAGUCAAUAUCACCCAGCAGCAUCCUCGCAGGACUGGUACCCAGUGGUAGCGAAUCCGCGCAGUAAACCUGUUUCAGAUGCAAGUACAUCAUGGAAAGACGCAGCAAGGCUUGUCACUCCAACUGCCCUCACAGGUGAGGUGGAAAGCAGAAGCCCCUUUGGGGCCGACGGUAAGAAACAGUCGAGCACACUUAUUUCCGAAACAGAUUCCAAGCUGUCUGUUCCCUCAUGCAAUCCCAACAAAACUACAGACAAAUCAAACGGUUUCAGCAUAGACAACAUAUUAUCCAAGAGAGCCACACCAAGCCAGCACAGGUGCAGUUUUGGGGGUUCUGUUGCGCCUUGCCUGGAAGCGCGCAGCCAUGCGCUCUCCUCUUCUGUGCUCCUUGGAGCGCGCAACCCACGUUUGUACUCGAUGGGCUUUCCACUUUGCUCCUAUCUGUCUCUCACUUGUCCCGAAAAAGUUCUCCAUCUCGGUUGAGUCUGACCUGGGAAAACCGUUCCUGGUCAAACUUAUUGAGCAGCUUAAUCCACAGAAACAUUUUGGAGAGCAUUUUGGACUGUUCUCUUGUCACUGUAUGUCUUUCCCUGUGUUACAUUAUGCUUUUCACAGUUUAUAGGUAAAGUAACAUAUAUGCCUGUCAUUUUAGCUAUCAAAUAAUUCUGAAUUUCAAAUGCAUUUUGAAAGCUAAAUGUAUGGUGUAAUUCCUAUAACUAUUAACUGUGAUUUUGUUUGCCAUAGUAGAUUUAAAUGAAGCCGGAUGGGUUAUCAACCCCAUAUACUGUAGGUACUGAACUGGCACAUUUACUUGGGAUUUAAAAAAUACAGAAUAAAAAAUAAUGUUACAUAUAAACA